AUGUCGAGGAUAUUGGUGAAGAAUCUCCCUAAAUACGUUGCAGAGGAUCGACUAAAAGAAUUAUUUUCUCAGAAAGGAGAAAUAACCGAUGUCAAGCUUAUGCGUACCAAAAAUGGUAAAAGUCGACAAUUUGCUUUUAUCGGAUUUCGUACAGACAAGGAAGCUCAGGAAGCGAUUAGAUAUUUUAAUAGAUCUUACCUUGGCACACUUAGAAUUACUUGUGAGGAGGCUAAAAAACACGGUGAUGCAAGUCUUCCUCAUCCGUGGAGUCGACAUUCAACAAAAGUAGACAAUAAAGUGAUCCCUACAGAUGCUAACAAUCAUGCUAAAGCUAAAGGGCAAGGAGACUAUUCUAAGAACAUUGAUGACCCGAAGCUUCAAGAUUUUCUUCAGGUCAUGCAACCUCGGGCAAAGUCUAAGAUGUGGGCAAAUGAUACUUCAGUUGUAUCCAAUGAUGGCAACAACCAAGCACCAUUGAAUAAGAAGACCAAAGGUACAUCAGUUGCAAGCAUUCCUAUCGUAAGUGUCUCACAAGUAGAUGGAUUACCAAAUAAUCCUGAAUCCGACAAGUCACACGAGCUUAAGCAUGAUAAAGUGAUUUCUGAUAUGGAUUAUUUCAAGAGUAAAGUGACAACGGAGUGGUCUGAUUCUGGAAGCAGUGAUGAUGAAAACGACGACAGCAACAGCGGUUUGGCAUCUUCUGACGACGAUGACAAAGAUAACCACAUACAUGCUAGCAAGCGUGAAGAAAAUUGUGGUAAUAAACUUUCUGAGAGAACCCCAAAAAGUGAUGAUCAACAGUUAGAUUUAGAGGGCCAAGAAGAUACUUCUAGAGAGGAUGUUGCCAAUGAUAAGUCUCAUGUGAAUCCAACCGAGGAAGAGGGGCAGUUAUCAAAUCCAGAAGAUAAGAAAGGAGUUUCUGAGUCAUGUCGGCUGUUUGUCCGUAAUCUGCCAUAUACGACCAGUGAGGAGGAACUGGAAGAGCAUUUCAGUCAGUUUGGUAGUGUCUCACAGGUUCAUUUAGUUGUUGAUAAGGAGACAAAACGAUCCAAAGGAAUAGCUUAUAUUCAUUUUUCAGUUCCAGAGUUUGCAGCCAGGGCAUUAGAAGAGUCAGACAAUUCAAUCUUCCAAGGGAGAUUAUUGCAUGUUAUGCCAGCUAUACCAAGACAUUCCAACAAUGAAGAGAACAAGGACCAAGACUCUAAAACUCUCAAACAACGAAGAGAGGAAGAGAGGAAAGCAGCUGAGGCUAGUGGAGAUACCAGAGCAUGGAAUAGUCUGUUCAUGCGCCCUGAUACAGUUGUAGAAAACAUUGCUCGGAAAUAUGGUGUUAGUAAAAGUGAUUUAAUGGAUCGAGAAGCCGAUGAUCUUGCUGUACGUAUUGCUCUGGGAGAAACUCAAAUAAUUUCAGAAACAAAAAAUGCAUUUAAAAAAGCUGGAGUGAAUGUGGAGUCCUUGGAAGAACUUACGAAGGGUAAAGUUGAAGGCCUGAAAAGAAGUAACCAUGUACUUUUAGCAAAAAAUUUGCCCUAUGGUUCUACAGAAGAUGAACUUGCAAAGAUGUUUGGGAAAUUUGGUAGCUUGGAUAAAAUAAUUCUCCCCUCGACAAAAACAUUGGCCCUGGUUGUCUUCCUUGAACCAGCAGAAGCUAAAGCUGCUUUUAAAGGUUUAGCUUACAAGCGUUACAAGGAUGCUCCCUUAUACUUGGAAUGGGCUCCUUCCGACAUUCUUAUCCCAAAAUCAACAUCUGAAACUAAUGAGGUGAAUGGUGGCAUUGGUGAAAAGGAUGUCAAGCGACUGAUACUAGAGCAAGACGUGGAAAGAAUAUCAGAUAUGGAUAUUGAUCCGGACAGAGUAGAGGCUCGGUCUCUAUUUGUCAAGAACCUAAAUUUCAAGACAACAGAUGAGAGUUUGAAGAAACAUUUCAGUGAAAACAUGAAAGAGGGGCGGAUUUUGAGUGUCAAGGUGAAGAAGCAUUUAAAAAAUGGGAAAAAUGUUUCUAUGGGGUUUGGAUUUGUUGAAUUUGACUCCGCAGAGACUGCCACGAGUGUUCGUAGCAAUUUGCAGGGGACUGUUUUGGACAGUCAUGCUCUUAAUUUACAACCUUGUCAUGUCAAAGAUGGUGGUAAAGUACCAAAGAAAGUUGAGAAAGACAAGAGUUCAACUAAGUUGCUUGUGAAAAAUGUUGCUUUUGAGGCAACCGAGAAGGAUCUGAGACAAUUGUUUAGCCCGUUUGGCCAGAUUAAAAGCUUAAGAUUGCCAAUGAAGUUUGGAAAUCAUAGAGGCUUUGCUUUUGUGGAGUAUGUUACUCAGCAGGAGGCGCAAAAUGCUCUUACAGCACUCUCAAGCACUCACUUGUAUGGAAGACAUCUGGUGAUAGAGAGAGCGAAAGAAGGUGAGAGUUUGGAGGAACUACGAGCUCGAACUGCUGCUCAAUUUAAUGAACACAGUGGAUUUCAAGAUGCUAAUUCAUCCAAGAAAAGGAAGGCCUUUAGCAUGCUAGAUGAAGAAAAUAUGAAGUUUCAAAGGUUUGAUUAG